UUUUUUUUUUUUUUUUUUUUUUUUGGGGAAGAGGAGAAUUCGCGAAAAGGGGUUUGGAUGGCAGAAGCCCGGCUGGGUUUCUGUAGCUGCUCGUGUUCUCAAGCUCUUCUCUGAGGGAGGGUCUCUGCAGCUGCUGGGAGACCCCCUUGUCACAGGCUCCUUUUGCAGGCUCUGGCCCCGGGCGGAAAAUGCCCCACUCUGGCAGGAGUAUGCUGGCUGCUGGGACUUCCUAGCCCAGUGAGAAGUGUGUUCGUGGUUUGGGGAUACUUUUCAUUGAACUGAAAGCGAAAAGACUGGACUCUCCUGGGCUUUUUCCCUUCGCAGUGAAUAUGGGAAAGAAUUAGGGGGUGGGAGGGAGGCAGCAUGACUUGCAGUCGCUGCUGCCCUGCAUCUGCCCCCAGCCCCCAGCCAGCAUCUUGAUGUUCCACGUAUCGGCUGUACAAAUAUGAUGAAAUGGCAGCCCCGGAAGAAGGCAUACUUCCGACAGGGUGUUGCCCUCCAGUACCUCGGACGUCAUGCCGAUGCCCUGGCAGCCUUUGCAUCUGGACUGGCUCAGGACCCCAAGAGUCUCCAACUUCUGGUGGGGAUGGUAGAAGCUGCCAUGAAAUCUCCCAUGAGAGACUCCCUCGAGCCCACUUAUCAGCAGCUUCAGAAAAUGAAACUGGACAAGAGUCCCUUUGUGGUCGUGUCUGUGGUUGGGCAGGAACUCCUGACAGCUGGCCAUCAUGGGGCCUCUGUGGUUGUCUUAGAAGCUGCUCUGAAGAUUGGCACCUGCAGCCUCAAACUGAGAGGUUCCGUUUUCUCUGCCCUAAGCAGUGCUUAUUGGUCUCUUGGAAAUACAGAGAAGAGCACUGGAUACAUGCAGCAGGACUUGGAUGUAGCCAAGACCUUAGGUGACCAGACAGGAGAAUGCCGAGCUCAUGGGAAUCUAGGCUCUGCAUUCUUCUCCAAAGGAAACUAUCGGGAGGCUCUCACUAACCACAGGCAUCAGUUGGUGCUCGCCAUGAAACUCAAGGAUCGAGAGGCAGCUUCAUCUGCCCUGAGCAGUCUGGGCCAUGUGUACACAGCCAUUGGAGACUACCCCAAUGCACUGGCUAGUCACAAACAGUGUGUUCUUCUUGCCAAGCAAUCCAAAGAUGAGCUUUCUGAAGCCCGAGAACUCGGCAACAUGGGAGCUGUGUAUAUUGCCAUGGGUGACUUUGAGAAUGCUGUACAGUGUCAUGAGCAGCAUCUGAAGAUAGCCAAGGACCUGGGCAACAAACGAGAGGAGGCCCGGGCCUACAGCAACCUGGGCAGUGCCUAUCACUACAGGAGGAAUUUUGACAAGGCCAUGUCUUACCACAACUAUGUGUUGGAGCUGGCACAGGAGUUGAUGGAGAAGGCCAUUGAGAUGCGGGCUUAUGCUGGCCUGGGCCAUGCUGCCAGGUGCAUGCAGGAUUUGGAGAGAGCUAAACAGUACCAUGAGCAGCAGCUGGGCAUUGCUGAGGAUCUUAAAGACCGGGCUGCAGAAGGACGAGCUUCCUCCAACCUGGGAAUUAUACACCAGAUGAAAGGUGAUUAUGAUACCGCACUGAAACUCCACAAGACCCACCUGUGUAUCGCCCAGGAGCUGAGUGAUUAUGCUGCGCAGGGCCGUGCCUACGGGAAUAUGGGCAAUGCCUACAAUGCUCUGGGCAUGUAUGACCAGGCAGUCAAGUACCACCGGCAGGAGCUCCAGAUCUCCAUGGAAGUGAAUGACCGUGCCUCGCAGGCAUCCACACAUGGGAACCUUGCUGUCGCCUACCAGGCCCUGGGUGCCCACGACCGGGCCCUGCAGCACUAUCAGAACCAUCUGAACAUUGCUCGUGAGCUGCGUGACAUCCAGAGCGAAGCCCGGGCCCUCAGCAACCUGGGCAACUUCCACUGCUCUCGGGGGGAGUACGUCCAAGCUGCCCCCUAUUAUGAACAGUACCUCCGGCUUUCUCCAGACCUUCAAGACAUGGAAGGAGAAGGGAAAGUCUGCCACAAUCUUGGCUAUGCCCAUUACUGCCUUGGAAAUUACCAGGAGGCGGUGAAGUACUAUGAGCAGGAUCUGGCACUGGCCAAAGACCUUCAUGACAAAUUGAGCCAAGCAAAAGCCUACUGCAACUUGGGCCUCGCAUUCAAGGCUCUGCUGAACUUCAGCAAAGCUGAAGAGUGUCAGAAGUACCUGCUGUCCCUAGCUCAGUCCCUGAAUAAUUCCCAGGCUAAAUUCCGAGCCCUAGGUAACCUGGGCGAUAUAUUCAUCUGUAAAAAAGAUAUAAAUGGUGCAAUAAAAUUCUAUGAGCAGCAGCUGGGCUUAGCUCACCAUGUAAAGGACAGAAGACUGGAGGCCAGUGCAUAUGCAGCCUUGGGCACUGCAUACCGAAUGAUCCAGAAAUAUGACAAGGCCUUGGGUUAUCACACGCAGGAACUGGAAGUAUAUCAGGAGCUGAGCGACUUGCCGGGGGAGUGUAGAGCUCACGGACACCUGGCUGCUGUCUACAUGGCCCUUGGAAAAUACACAAUGGCAUUCAAAUGUUAUGAAGAACAGCUGGAUCUAGGGCAGAAGCUGAAGGAUCCAAGUCUAGAAGCCCAGGUCUAUGGCAACAUGGGCAUCACAAAGAUGAACAUGAAUGUGAUGGAAGAAGCCAUCGGCUACUUCGAGCAGCAGUUGGCCAUGCUGCAGCAGCUAAGUGGAAAUGAGUCUGUGCUCGACAGGGGCCGGGCCUACGGCAACCUGGGGGAUUGCUACGAGGCUCUGGGUGACUAUGAGGAAGCUAUCAAGUACUAUGAACAAUAUUUGUCUGUUGCCCAGAGUCUGAAUCGCAUGCAAGACCAAGCCAAGGCUUACCGGGGCCUAGGAAAUGGACACAGGGCAAUGGGGAGCUUGCAGCAAGCGCUUGUGUGCUUUGAAAAGAGGCUCGUGGUCGCCCAUGAGCUUGGGGAGGCCUUUAAUAAAGCCCAGGCCUAUGGAGAACUGGGCAGUCUGCACAGCCAAUUAGGGAAUUACGAACAAGCCAUUUCCUGCCUUGAACGCCAGCUGAACAUUGCUAGGGAGAUGAAAGACCGAGCUCUGGAAAGUGACGCAGCCUGUGGCCUGGGGGGUGUUUACCAGCAGAUGGGGGAAUAUGAUACAGCCCUGCAGUACCACCAGCUUGAUCUGCAGAUUGCAGAGGAAACCAACAACCCCACAUGCCAGGGCCGAGCCUAUGGGAACCUGGGUCUGACGUACGAAUCUCUGGGCACCUUCGAGAGGGCCGUGGUCUAUCAAGAACAGCACUUGAGCAUCGCUGCCCAGAUGAACGACUUGGUGGCCAAGACAGUGUCAUAUAGUAGCCUCGGAAGGACCCAUCAUGCUUUGCAGAACUAUUCCCAGGCAGUCAUGUAUUUACAGGAAGGUUUAAGGUUAGCUGAGCAACUGGGCCGAAGAGAAGAUGAAGCCAAAAUUCGCCAUGGUCUUGGCCUCUCCCUUUGGGCUAGUGGGAACCUGGAGGAAGCUCAACACCAGCUCUAUAGGGCAUCGGCCUUGUUUGAAACAAUCCGACAUGAGGCACAGCUGAGCACAGACUACAAACUCUCCCUCUUUGACCUACAGACGUCAUCCUACCAGGCCUUGCAACGGGUGCUCGUCAGCCUAGGCCAUCAUGAUGAAGCCCUGGCUGUGGCAGAAAGAGGACGCACGAGGGCAUUUGCGGAUCUUCUGGUAGAACGACAAACAGGACAACAGGACUCUGACCCCUACUCUCCAGUCACUAUCGAUCAGAUCUUAGAGAUGGUUAAUGGCCAGAGGGGACUAGUGCUUUACUAUUCUCUGGCUGCAGGCUACCUGUAUAGCUGGCUGCUUGCUCCUGGGGCAGGAAUUCUGAAGUUUCAUGAACACUACCUGGGUGACAACACAAUGGAAAACACCAGUGAGUUCCAGGCUGGCAGCAGUGCAGCUCUUCCAAUAGCCACCAGCUCAGCCCUGGAGCAGCACAUCGCCAGUGUGCGGGAGGCCCUAGGGGUGGAGUCUUACUACUCAAGGGCCUGUGCCAGCAGCGAGACAGAGAGUGAAGCCGGAGACAUCAUGGACCAGCAGUUUGAAGAGAUGAACAACAAGCUCAACUCGGUGACUGACCCCACUGGCUUCCUUCGGAUGGUUCGCCGCAAUAACCUCUUUAACAGGAGCUGCCAGAGCAUGACGAGCUUGGUCAGCAACUCCAUGUCACCCACCAAGGAUGGGACCUCCUCUCUUCCCAGGAGGCAGAGUUCAUUCGCCAGGCCCCCGCUUCGUGCCCUGUACGACCUGCUCAUAGCACCCAUGGAAGGGGGCCUGAUGCACUCCAGUGGCCCUGUGGGCCGGCACCGGCAGCUGGUCCUGGUUCUGGAGGGGGAGCUCUACCUCAUCCCUUUCGCCCUCCUGAAAGGAAGCUCCUCCAAUGAGUACCUGUAUGAGCGCUUCGCCCUCAUCGCCGUCCCUUCCAUCCGCGCCCUCGGCCCCCAGUCCAAGUCUCACCUGAGGAAGACCCCACCUACCUACUCCAGCUCCACGUCCAUGGCAGCUGUCAUUGGCAACCCGAAGCUCCCUUCAGCAGUGAUGGACAGGUGGCUGUGGGGGCCGAUGCCAUCAGCUGAGGAGGAAGCCUACAUGGUGUCGGAGCUGCUGGGCUGCCAGCCCCUGGUCGGCAGUGUGGCUACCAAGGAGCGGGUCAUGAGUGCCCUGACCCAGGCUGAGUGCGUCCAUUUUGCCACCCACAUCUCUUGGAAACUCUCGGCCUUGGUCCUCACGCCCAGUGCCGAUGGCAACCCUGCCAGCAGCAAGAGCUCCUUCGGCCAUCCCUACACAAUCCCAGAGUCCCUCCGGGUGCAGGAUGACACCAGUGAUGGUGAAAGCAUUUCGGACUGCCCGCCCCUGCAGGAGCUGCUGCUCACGGCGGCCGAUGUCCUGGACCUGCGGCUUCCCGUGAAGCUGGUGGUCCUUGGCUCCUCUCAGGAGUCCAACAGCAAAGUCACAGCCGAUGGGGUCAUUGCGUUGACACGGGCCUUCCUGGCUGCUGGUGCACAGUGUGUCCUUGUGUCUUUGUGGCCUGUGCCUGUGGCUGCUUCCAAGAUGUUUCUCCAUGCUUUCUACUCAUCCCUGCUGAACAGCCUGAAAGCCAGCGCUGCCCUGGGGGAGGCCAUGAAGGUGGUGCAGAGCAGCAAGGCCUUCUCGCACCCUUCCAAUUGGGCAGGGUUCAUGCUCAUUGGGAGUGACGUGAAGCUGAACAGCCCCUCUUCGCUCGUUGGCCAGGCCCUCACUGAGGUCCUGCAGCACCCGGAGCGUGCGCGGGAUGCCCUGCGAGUGCUGCUGCACCUGGUGGAGAAGUCCCUGCAGCGCAUUCAGAACGGGCAGCGCAACGCCAUGUACACAUCCCAGCAGAGUGUGGAGAACAAAGUGGGUGGCAUCCCCGGCUGGCAGGCCCUCCUCACCGCUGUGGGCUUCCGGUUGGACCCCCCAGCCAGUGGCUUGCCUGCAGCCGUCUUCUUCCCAACCUCCGACCCAGGCGACCGGCUGCAGCAGUGCAGCAGCACCAUCCAGUCCCUGCUGGGUCUUCCCAACCCUGCCCUCCAAGCCCUCUGCAAGCUCAUCACUGCCUCAGAGACGGGCGAGCAGCUCAUCAGCCGGGCUGUUAAAAAUAUGGUUGGAAUGCUCCACCAGGUGCUGGUCCAGCUGCAGGCCUGCGAGAAGGAACAGGACUUUGCGUCGGCUCCCAUUCAAGUCUCCAUCAGCGUCCAGCUGUGGCGGCUCCCGGGAUGUCACGAAUUCCUGGCGGCUCUAGGUUUCGAUCUCUGUGAAGUUGGUCAGGAGGAAGUAAUCCUGAAAACCGGGAAACAAGCCAGUCGAAGAACCAUGCACUUUGCACUCCAGUCCCUACUCGCCCUUUUCGAUUCUACAGAGCUGCCCAAGCGCCUCAGCCUUGACAGCUCAUCUUCCCUGGAGUCCCUGGCCUCGGCCCAGUCUGUCUCCAAUGCCCUGCCCUUGGGCUACCAGCACCCUCCCUUCUCACCCACCGGUGCAGAGAGCAUCGCCUCGGACGCCAUCUCUGUGUACAGUCUGAGCUCCAUUGCCUCCUCAAUGAGCUUUGUCUCUAAGCCUGAGAGUGGGUCAGAAGGUGGGGGCCCCCGAGGACGGCAGGACUACGACAGGUCCAAGAAUGCUUACCCACAGCGAUCCACCCUGCCUCGGAGCCAGCUGUCCCCCCAGACCCGCCCUGCAGGCAGCAAAGAAGAAGAAGAAUAUGAAGGGUUUUCCAUCAUCAGCACUGAGCCUUUGACAGCUUACCAAGAAAACAGAAAGACAGGCUUCUCACCAGAUCACAAACAAUCCCGAGGAGGUACAACUGGAGGUGUGAAAGUUUCAAUAAGCUCCAAAGGGAGCAUAAGCACUCCAAAUUCUCCAGUUAAAAUGACUCUGAUUCCCAGCCCAAACUCACCCUUCCAAAAGGUUGGAAAACUAGCAAGUUCAGAUACGGGAGAAUCAGACCAGUCUAGCACAGAAACAGACAGUACCGUGAAAUCCCAAGAAGAAAGCAACCCAAAGCUUGAUCCACAAGAGUUGGCCCAGAAAAUUCUAGAGGAGACACAAAGUCAUCUUAUUGCAGUGGAGCGUCUUCAAAGGGGCAGCAGUCAGACCAGUAACAACCCAGAAGAUGGCAUUUCCAUGCCAAAUAACGCUGCCAUCUUCAGAGCGUCAGAAACAAGUGCGUUCAGCAGGCCUACCCUCUCCCAUCAGAAGAGUCAGCCAUCACCAAUUACUGUUAAACCAAAGCCCCCAGCCAGAAGCUCAUCCCUGCCCAAGGUGAGUUCAGGAUAUAGCAGCCCCACCACCUCGGAGGCGUCCAUCAAAGACAGCCCGAGCCAGCACAGCGGCCGGCCAUCCCCUGGCUCUGACUCCCAGACUUCCCUGACUGACCAGCCUCUCUUCAAACUGAAGUAUCCCAGCUCUCCUUACAGUGCCCACAUUUCCAAAUCACCAAGGAACAUGUCCCCAAGCUCAGGCCAUCACUCUCCUGCUGGUAGUGCACCGUCCCCAGCUCUCUCCUAUUCCUCAGCUGGUUCCGCUCGCUCAAGUCCAGCUGAUGCUCCCGACAUAGACAAACUGAAAAUGGCAGCCAUUGAUGAAAAGGUGCAGGCUGUGCACAACCUGAAGAUGUUCUGGCAGAGUACACCCCAGCAUUCCACAGGACCCAUGAAAAUAUUCCGGGGGACCCCUGGAACGAUGACUUCCAAAAGAGAUGUCCUCAGUCUAUUAAAUCUGUCACCUCGGCACAAUAAGAAGGAGGAAGGAGUAGACAAGCUUGAGCUCAAGGAGCUGUCUUUGCAACAACACGGAGAAACACCACAAAAAGCCCCUCCCAAUGGACACUGGCACAGUGAGACCACCACGUUGAGCACGCUGCCACUGCCCGCCAGCCCUCCUGCUGCAGCUCCCACACGCCCUUUGAGACUUCCUUCUGGAAACGGCUACAAGUUUCUGUCCCCAGGAAGAUUUUUUCCUUCCUCCAAAUGCUAAAGCAUCUUUAUGCCCAGUGACUCAGAGUGCAGCAGCCUUGCAGAGGAUCUGUUGUUCACUCGGCCUACUCCCUUGUCUGAGUGCAGUCACCCCACAAAGCCACCAGCCACCUCACGAAGGGUGCACUCCAGGCAAGGGGCAUUACCAUGCCCAGACACCACCACACAACACAGCUGGUGGCUUCUCUGGGACUCGGGGCCAGAUUUACCAAAAUCCAGGACUUCUGUGGGAUUGGUACAGGAGGCUCAUGGAAUUUCCUACACACUUCACCAAAUGUUUACCUUUGAACUCUCUGCUUCUCAUCUUUGACAUGAUUCAACAGGAUUUUUGUAUUAAAAAUGGUCAUGGUUCUGGGGUGGGGAGAGGAAAGGGAGCACAUAUUUUGCUAAGAGGUAUAUAUGCAGUACCUUUUAUACACAGAAAUUCAAAUAGGCUUUUUUAAGGCUUUCAGGUGCUGGUUGGGGGUGGGAUAUAUAAAAUCUCUCUAACUUGAAUUCUACAUGAAAAUGUUAUAUUAGCCAAAAACAGAAUAAUGGUUUUAAAAAUGCCAAUGAUUUGAAAUUAAAAUAUAGCAAUUUUGGUCUCAUGAUAUUGUAAUAUCACGGUAACAAUGCAAUAAUUCACAUCGAAACAGUGCUUCCAUCCUGAACUCAGCUUUGUCAAGCUCUACAAAUGUCCUUGGGGCCCACUGUCAACCAAACUUGAAUUUUCUUAAAAAAUUUAUGUAACUCGGAUCCAGGCAUUUUAGAACUAUGCAAUUGUGAUUUAAAAUGCAACUUUGUGCUUUUAAAACGUUACUGACCUUUUUUGUACAUGGAUAAACAACUUGGUUUUAUUAUCAAUAGUACUUUGCAUUUAUAGCUGUUAUUUUUUAAAGCUCAAAAAGUUUUUUAAAAUAUCAAAUUUUGAAUAGUCAUCAAUAAGUAAUUAUCAAACUUUGGGAUGGAAAGACUGAAAUUAUUAUUUCCUUAUAGGAAACAAACAAACAAAAAUCCUCUGGCUAACUAGAUUUAACCAGAAUCUAGCCUUCCAGCUCCUAUUCCCUUUAUUAGCUGCUUAAUUUUUUUCUCUUUUCCCAUCU